AUGACAGCAAGGCGGAUUGCACAGGAGACUUUUGAUGCUGUGUUGCAAGAAAAAGCCAAGCGAUACGUGGACUCCAGUGCUGAGGCUAUAGGUGAGACUCUUCAGUUUAAAGCUCAAGAUCUCUUGAGGACCAUCCCCCGACCCACAGCAGAAAUGUAUGACGAUAUUCACAGUGAGGCCAGGUACUCUCUCAGCAGGUCUGUAACCCAUUCUCGGGACACUGGUAGAGAAGGCCUCAGAGGAGAUGUAUUUCCAGGGCCUUCCUUCAGAUCCAGCACCCCUUCCGUGAGUGAUGAUACCUACUUUCACAAAGAGUUGGAUUUUUCCCACUCUGACUCUCGGGACCAGGUCUUUGGCCACCGGAAAUUGGGACAUUCUCAGGACUGGAAAUUUGCACUCCAUGGCUCUUGGGAACAAGACUUUGGCCAUCCAGUUUCUCAAGAUUCCUCUUGGUCACAGGAGUAUACAUUUGGCCCUUCAAUAUUGGGGGACUUUGGCUCCUCCAGGCUCAUUGAUAAGGAGUGUUUGGAGAAGGAGAGUCAAGAUUAUGACUUGGACCAUCCAGGUGAGGCAGAUCCUGUGCAUCGGGGCAGCAGCCACGUGCAGGGCAGAAGUCGUGUUCUCAACAUUGCUGACCAGGAAAGUGGUCUCCUGGGAAAGGGGGAAACUCAGGCUAUGCUCAAGGCCAAAGGAGAUGUUGGGAAACUCGUUACACUAAGAAACGUGAACACGAAGAAAGCACCUGCUCUAAGUCGUAUUCCUCCCAAAACUCAGGCCACUAACCAAGUCCAGAAAACCACCCUAAGUCCUGAUGUGACCCUUGGGACGAACCCGGGGCCAGAAGAUAUCCAGUUCCCUGUGCAGAAGAUGCCCUUGGGGCUCGAUCUGAAGAAUGUCCGGCUCCCCAGAAGGAAGAUGAGCUUCGACAUCAUAGAUAAGUCUGAUGUUUUCUCACGAUUUGGGAUAGAAAUCAUCAAAUGGGCAGGAUUUCACACCAUAAAAGAUGAUGUUAAAUUUUCCCAACUUUUUCAGACUCUAUUUGAGCUUGAAACUGAAACCUGUGCUAAAAUGCUUGCCUCGUUCAAAUGCUCCUUAAAGCCAGAGCACAGAGAUUUUUGCUUUUUUACUAUCAAAUUUUUAAAGCACUCUGCUUUGAAAACACCUCGAGUUGAUAAUGACCUUUUAAACCUGCUUUUAGACAAAGGUGCUGUGAAAACCAAAAAUUGCUUUUUUGAAAUCAUAAAGCCCUUUGACAAGUACAUAAUGAGGCUGCAAGACAGGCUUCUGAAAAGCGUCACACCCCUGCUCAUGGCCUGCAAUGCCUACGAGCUCAGCGUCAAGAUGAAGACUCUCACCAACCCCCUGGACUUGGCCAUUGCUCUGGAGACCACCAACUCUCUCUGCCGCAAGUCCUUGGCCCUUCUGGGACAGACAUUUUCCUUGGCCUCUUCUUUCCGGCAAGAGAAAAUCUUAGAAGCCAUUGGCCUCCAAGAUACAGCUCCCUCUCCUGCUGCAUUUCCAAACUUUGAGGACUCCACUUUGUUUGGAAGAGAGUACAUAGACCAUCUGAAGGCCUGGCUGAUCACUAGUGGGUACCCACUCCAGAUUAGGAAGAUUGUACCUGAACCAACACAAGAAGAGGAAAAGACAAUUCCUUCCCUGAAACCUGACAUUCAGACCAAGGCCCCAAGUGACCUCAGUGAUGCUGUGCCCCAACGAGCAGGCCACAAGGUGGUGGAGACCAUUGACAAGCUGGUGAUGCGUGUCGUGGAAGGGAGCCUGUCUCCCAGAGAGCGAGCCACACUUAAGGAGGACCCUGCUCACUGGUUCCUGUCUGAUGAGGACAGCCUGGAAUACAAGUAUUACAAGCUGAGGUUGGCAGAAGUGCAGCGGGGGAAGCAGGCCUCAAGGAGUGACGGCCAGCAGCCAAGCUCAGCAGAGUGUGCAGUCAGGGCCAUGCUCUAUGCCAGGGCUGUGCGGAGCCUCAAGAGACGGCUCCUCCCAGGGCGGCGGCGGCGGGGUCUCCUCCGUGCACCAGGGUUCCGGGGCUGGAAGGCAAGGAGCACAACCACUAGCACCCAGACUCUCCUCUCAUCGGGUGCCAAGCUGCGGCACCAGAGUCGAGGGGUGCCCACCAAGCCCCAAGGAGAUGUUUCUGCAAGGGACUGCCCGGCAGAGCCAGCAGCACCCACUCCUCAGGACCCCAGCUUGGAAGCCUCAAGCCCACCGCCCAAGCCGGCAGAAGUAGAUGCCCCCGAAGCCCCUAAGACUGCUUCUCCCUGCUCAUCUGCUGAUGUUGAUGCAAAGACGAUGGAAACGGCUGAGAAGCUGGCGCGGUUUGUUGCUCAGGUGGGACCAGAGAUAGAGCAAUUCAGCAUCGAGAACAGCUCUGACAACCCUGACCUGUGGUUCCUACAUGACCAGAACAGCUCAGCUUUCAAGUUCUAUCGGAUGAAAGUGUUUGAACUUUGCCCCUCUAUUUGUUUUCCAUCAUCUCCUCUCACCCUCCGUGUGGACUCCCGGGAAGGGGACAGGGCGGGUCAGGACGAGCCUCCUCAGAAAGAGGCUGAGGUGGAGGAGGAGGAGGAAGAGGAUGAGGAGGAAGCCCCUGCUCUUGGAGAGGCCUCUGGGCCAGGAGGAGUGACCGACGCAUCUGGGGGCUCUGAGGGCAGCACCCCUGCUGAUGGGCUCCCAAGUGUGGCCACUGAGGAUGACCCGGCCAGCACCCCUGCCCCAUCUCAGGCCCCUUCAGGGACCUACUUCCCCCGAAAGAGGGUCAGCAGCAAGUCACUGAAGGUUGGCAUGAUCCCGGCCCCGAAGAGGGUGUGUCUUAUUGAGGAGCCCAAAGUUCAUGAGCCAGUUCGAAUUGCCUACGACAGGCCCCGGGGUCGUCCCAUGUCUAAAAAGAAGAAACCCAAGGAUUUAGAAUUCGCAGACCAGAAGCUGACAGACAAGAAUGUGGGCUUCCAGAUGCUCCAGAAGAUGGGCUGGAAAGAGGGCCAUGGCCUGGGCUCCUGUGGGGCUGGCAUCCGGGAGCCAGUCAGUGUGGGAACUGCCUCAGAGGGGGAAGGGCUGGGGGCUGACGGGCAAGAACACAAAGAAGACACAUUUGACGUCUUCCGCCAGAGGAUGAUGCAGAUGUACAGACAUAAGCGAGCAAACAAGUAG